AUGAUAAAGCAAUUCAAAUAAAUUAAAAUAACCUAUAAACAUCAAUUUUAAAAGAAAAUAUUAAUAUUUGUAAAAAUUUAAGAAAAAAAGAUACAACAUACAUACACAAAAGAUAUAAAUAAAUUAGCUGGAGUAAUAGUAUUAUAUAUUUCAUAAAUGGACGAUCCAAUUCAAGCAAUUUAGGAUAAAAACAUCACUGUUCAAAUCCAAAAUGAGCUAAAUAAUAGAUAGGCAGUUGAUAAAAGUUCAAAAUUUUCAUUCUUUAUGUUCGUAAAUCCUGAGAGUGGUGGUAAUCUUGCAUCUACAUAUACAAAUUUAGAGACAGAAAUGAUGAAUUUUCAAAUAGGACGUGAGGCAAAGGAUAAUGAAAAAGAUAAGCUUAAAAAAUAUGAUGUUGAUGUGUAUAUUUAUAAUUUAAAAAAGGCUGAAUAAAGAGAAAAAGGUUUUUAAACAUUAAAGCAAGAGCAAGAUAAAAAAACUUCAAAUACUAGAGCAAUUGUUUGCGGUGGUGAUGGUACUGUUAUGUGGGUAGUUUAAGAAAUGGUUAAGUAUAAUUGCAAUUUUGAAAUUUGCCCUAUUGGUAUUGUUCCUUUUGGAACAGGAAAUGAUUUUGCAAGAGUUUUAGGAUGGGGAGGAGGUGUUAAACCAAACGAAUUGUUAGGAGCAAAUUUGAAAACUUUUAAAGAGAGAAUAUUAUCUUGGAUUUACUCAAUCCACGAAGAUUUUGAUAUUUGGGACAUUAAAGUAGAAACUUUUAAUGAAGGAGUAUUUAAGAGUAUCUAAAAACUAGUAAAAAAUGGUAAAUAAGUGCUUGAAAAAACUGUAGUAAAGUAAAAAAAUGCAGAAGGCAAGGAAGAACCUAUCAAAGUUUUUAAAAAGUAAAUGAGUAACUACAUGAGUGUAGGUGUAGAUGCUAGAAUUGGCUUAGGAUUUGACAGACAUCGUACUUAAAGCUAAAUGGGUAAUAAAUGCGUUUACUGUUGGGAAGGCUUUAAAAAAAUGUUUAUGAAAACAUCAAAAAUGAACUGUGUUAUUGAUAGUUUAGAAAUUAUGCAUGAACAAGACCUAGCAAAUAAUGAUAUUUCUAAUUUCGAUAUCAACAUAGAAGAUGGAUAAAAUAAGCUAGUCACAUAAUUUAAAACUAAGCCAACUAAUUCCAAAAAAGCUGGAGAAAUUGAAAAAGAUAAAAUAUACCUAAAAGGAGACCCUGUUAACCUCUUACUAUUAAAUAUUAAUAGUUAUUCAGGAGGAGUUUCUGAUAUGUGGAAAAAUUGUAGAAAUAAACUAGCACUCGAAAAGGGUAAUAAAGAUUAAGUUCAAGAUUAGUUUGAAGAAUAAAAGUUUGGAGAUGGAAAACUUGAAUUUAUAUCAUUUUAUUCAGUUUCUCAAAUGGCAUCAGAGAGAUUUAUUAGUGGUAAUGCCAAAAGAGUAUGCCAAGGAAGUGGUCCUUUUGUUCUUAAAUUUAAAUAAGAAGAUGAAAACAAAGCUCCAAUAAGAACUUACUUUUAGAUUGAUGGAGAAUUUUAUCAAAUUAUAUCACCUAAAAGUAUUAAGAUUUAAAGGGCCAAAAAUAUUCCAAGAGGUAAAAUAAAAGUUAUGGUAGAAAGCUCUUCUGUUAAAACUAAAGCUUGA